AUGGCUUCCAAGUACUAUGCUCAUACCAUCUCUUCUGGUUCCGUCAUGGGGUUGUGUGGCCCCCAUGGGGGCCAUGCUCGGAUUUCUCCUGUCCACUCUGGUGGCUCAUGCAGAGCCCCAGGCCACUCCUUUGGCAGCAGAAGUGCGUCCUCUUCUUCCCUUAAGCUGGGAUCUGGGAGCUGCAUGCCCAGCGGUUGCCAACCAAGCAGCGCUUUUGGGCCAGGGUUUGUUGGAAGCUAUGGCUGGCAUGACGAAGGGAUACUCAGUUGCAAUGAAAAAGAGCUGAUGCAGUGUCUGAAUGACCGCCUGGCAAGCUACCUGGAGAGAGUGCGCUGCUUGGAGCAGGAAAAUGCCAAUCUGGAAUGCAAGAUCCGGGAGUGGUACGAAUGCCAGGUCCCCUAUGUAUGCAUCGACUUCCAGUCUUACUACAAGAUAAUUGAGGAGCACCAGCACCAGAUCCUGUGUGCCAAGACAGACAAUGCCAGGCUGGUCUUGGAAAUUGACAAUGCUCGUCUGGCAGCGGAUGACUUCAGGACUAAGUAUGAGACAGAGCUUGCCCUCCGUCAAAGUGUUGAGGCCGAUAUCAAUGGGCUGCGCAGGAUUCUGGAUGAACUGACGUUGUGCAGGUCUGACCUGGAAGCUCAGCUAGAAUCCCUCAAGGAGGAACUUAUUUGCCUCAAGAAGAACCAUGAGGAGGAAGCGAAUGGUCUGCGUUCAAAACUUGGAGCCAGAGUUAAUGUGGAGGUGGAUGCUGCCCCUUCAUGUGACCUCAACAAGGUCCUGGAUGAGAUCAGGAGCCAAUAUGAAUGUCUGGCUGAAAAAAACCGCAAAGAUGUUGAGACUUGGUUCACUUCCAAGAUGGAAGAACUGAACCAACAAGUGGUCUCCAGUGGCGAAGAGCUGCAGUCUUGCCAGUCAGAGAUCAUAGAGCUGAGGCACACUGUUCAGACCCUUGAGAUUGAUCUGGAUGCCCAACAGAACAUGAAAGCGGCUCUAGAAGGCACCUUGCAGGAAACUGAAGCCCGCUACGGCACCCAGUUAGCACAGCUCCAGUGUGUGAUCAGCAACGUGGAAGGCCAGUUAGGUGAGCUUCGAUGUGAAAUGGAACGUCAAAGCCAUGACUACAAGAUUCUUCUGGAUGUCAAGACCCGCCUGGAAUCAGAGAUUGCUACAUACCGACGUCUGCUGGAGGGAGAAGAUUGCAAGUAUCCCAGGGCUCCAUGUGUACCAGAAUGCCUCCCUCCAGUCUCCCAAAUCACUAAAAAAAUCCGCACCAUCACAGAGGAGAUUAAGGAUGGAAAGGUCAUAUCCUCUAGAGAACAAGUCCAGCAUGUAACCCUCUAA